AUGGACCAAAGCCAGGACAUCGAAGGUCGCCCCGUUGCAACCGCAGAUACAGACACUCGAAACCCAAAACGGCGGAAAAUAUCAAAUCCACCGUCCGAACCUCGGAAUAAUGCUCACGCUCGACGGCACACCAACAGGGUGGAAAAGACCUCGAGAGGCAAACGCCCUAGUCCACGUCCACCACGAGAUCUCCGUGGAUCGACCGGUCAGGCGAAGCCUGACUCUGGCCUCUCGACCCCCCAAGGAACAUCGAAAAGGGAACCCAAAUUCUCUUUGCCCUUCGCGAAAUCGGUCCUCGACAAGAUCUGGAUCCGCAACAAGAAUCAACACCGGACACAGCCGUGGUGGAAAAGUCUGUCGAUGUUGAGGAAAGCCGUCUCCCGCCUCGUUACCAUCGAGCAGGAGGAACGGUCUCUGCGGGACCGUCCGCUUGGGUAUGGCGGCGCCACCGCUAUGGACGCCAAAGCCGUGAGAGCGAGGUUCGAGCGUGAAGCACAACUUCGCGGAGAAAAGGAGAUCUGGAUCGACUGGAUCCGUCAGGUCUUGAUUCCCAAGGCUUACCUGGGUUUUUCGGGCCUGGUGAGUGAUACCCAAUUUGCACACCUGGGGCUGGUGUUGGUGGGGCUCCUUGCCGACGUGGUCGGUAGUGUGGGUUUACCGACUCCAAGCGAGCGGCAAGAGGGAGUUGAGCAGGCCCUGCGGCGGACAGGGACUAUUACGGCAACAACAGGAAGAAGGGACCCAUCCGGGACCCUCGAGACGGCAACUUCAGAGGCAAUGGCACGGAGUCUGACGGCCAAGAGUAUCAGGGUGACGGGCUUGCAGAGCGGUGAGGUCGUGGAGAGAACCUACGACAGUGAUGACCUGGGAGAGGUUGUCGAGAGAAAGCGGAGUGGUCCCAAGCAGGAACAGGAACAGGAACAGGAACAGGAUCGGGAACCGAGCCAAGCUCCCACGCGUCCGCGGUCUGGUCGAGGUGCAGACCGAAAUUUAGCUGUUCUCGGGAAGGAAGAUCAAGAUCAAGCACUAAUGGUGACCGGUCUUGCGGACGAAGAUGCGCCAGAGACCAACCCGUCCUCGACGGCCGAGAGAUCUCGCACAGCGCCCUCGCCCUCACCAACAGCAACAGCAGCAGCAGCAGCUUCACUCGCCACCUCCUUCUCUCCAAGAGAUUCCGUCGCCAUCGCCGCUCAGACAUCUCAAGACGACGACGACGGUGGUUGUGGUGCUCUUCCGCCUCCUGGCCCUCCUCCUCCUCCUCGUCGUCAGCAUCCUCAUGCUUUGCCGCCCGGUCUUGCCGCGACAGGAACAACAACCACAACAACAACAACCACCAGCAUCGUCCCGAACGACAAACAAGUGCAGACCACACCCACAGCCACAACCACCAUUGCGGGAGCGGGAGACGGGGCCGGGAAACAGGUGCAGGCGAGGAGCAAAAGCAACCCUGAACACAACAACAGCAGCAGCCGCAGCAGCAUCACCGCCACAACCACCACCAAGGGCAAAGACAAGGGCAAAGGCAAAGGGAAGAGGAAGGGGAAGAAUGCUAUCGACGACCUGUUCGCUGGCUUUACGUGA